UAUCCCGGUCUGGGGGUGAGGGUGCGCUGCACAGCUCCUGUCGCCGUCGCGGCUUCCGGUGCUAGGUGGAGGGAAGGAAGGAGGGAGCCGGGAGCGGGGCCAGGGGAGCCGCAGCGCUGAAAUCGGCUGAGGGAGGCGGAGAGAGUGGAGCGAGAGCCCAGCGAAACCUGCGGGGGCGGAGGCGGCGGCCGCAGCGGCAGAGCUGGGAGCAGGAACAGGAUCAAGUCCUCUAUACCAGGGACCGGGCCAAAAGCAGACUGCUACUGCCCCCGCUGCACUCUGCUACCCUCAGAAAGCGGCUGCUGUGAUCAUGGGUAAUAUCUUUGGAAACCUUCUCAAGAGCCUGAUUGGAAAGAAGGAGAUGCGCAUCCUGAUGGUGGGCCUAGAUGCCGCAGGGAAGACCACCAUCCUGUACAAGCUAAAACUGGGCGAGAUCGUCACCACCAUCCCCACCAUUGGGUUCAACGUGGAGACAGUGGAGUACAAGAACAUCAGCUUCACAGUUUGGGAUGUGGGUGGCCAGGACAAGAUUCGGCCUCUCUGGAGACACUACUUCCAGAACACCCAAGGGUUGAUAUUUGUGGUCGACAGCAAUGAUCGGGAGCGAGUAAAUGAGGCCCGGGAGGAGCUGAUGAGGAUGCUGGCAGAGGAUGAGCUCCGGGAUGCUGUGCUCCUUGUCUUUGCAAACAAACAGGAUUUGCCUAAUGCUAUGAACGCUGCUGAGAUCACAGACAAGUUGGGCCUGCAUUCCCUGCGUCAUCGCAACUGGUACAUUCAGGCCACCUGUGCCACCAGCGGGGAUGGGCUGUACGAAGGCCUGGACUGGCUGGCCAAUCAGCUCAAAAACAAGAACUUCGGAGCAGACCUUCGUCCUUGAUGUGCAGCUGCCAUGGGACAGUGUUUAAUGACCUGUGCUAAGAAUGGAGUCAAACCACAGUACUGAGGGAGAGACCAGGGAAUCUAUUUCUAGGAUGCUCUGUAAUCCUGUGGGAUAACCAUAGAGUACCGCGUGGGGUAGUGAGAGUUGGGGAGUGUGUA